AUGACUUCUUCCUCUUCUACGAAUACAUUCGAUACGAACAGUACGGUGUUGCCUGAGAAUCUGUCACGCAAGCGGAAACAAGAAUUUGAAUGUAAUAAAUGGUCAGAAUUUGUGUAUUCAUCCCCCAAUUCACCUUCUGCUGCCAUCCCUUGCUCUACAGCCGCCGGCUUGACAGAAGCAGACCAUCACGGCCAUCUUUUCAAUUUCGAUUCGAUCUUCCCUUCCUUCGACCACGCCGUGCCUCCUCACGAUUUGUCGGUUUCGCUUCCAGGACAUUUGCAACACUCUCUGUAUCAUUCCGUGACGGAUUUUCAUCAUCCUCCCUCCCAGGGCACCGGUUCACGGCGUCACUCCGUGGCUGUAGGUGAAUUGGACUACCAUUCAUUGGAUGUUGUCAAACAAGAGUUCAAUUUUGCUUCAUGGGAUGCCGAUAUUCAACAAUUAUUGGGUACCUCUAUGCCGUCGUCGUGGUCUUCGAGUUCCAGUGGAAGUACCUUGGAUAGUGUUUCGCUUGAACGACCUCCCGUGCACCGACGCGCCAUGUCACUGCGGCUUGAAACACAGCCCCAUGAUAUCACCAUGUCGUCCAUGGCAUCCCCAACCACUCCUGCCUUCUUCACGCCCAGCUUUUUAGAAGCAUUGAAUGAAGACGAUGACAAGAACAGCUUUGCCAUGUCCACAGACCCUUCCGGUAAUAUGUCCUUUUUGGAUGGCAAUCACUUUCCGCAACCUGAUAUCAUGGAUCCAUCAAAUGAUUUCCUGCAUCAUCAACAUCAUCCAACACAGCAAUCCACCAAUCUAUGUCACCCGGCCGUCGGAACCACCAUCACUCCUUCCGUCAUUUCCAACCCCCACUCCCUCUCCAAUUGGUUUCUUGAUGAACACCAUCAUUCAUCUCCGCAACAACAACAACAACAAUCAUUACCUCCUUCAUCGUCUCAUCCAUCUGUCAAGAGCAAACAACGACGUACAGGCAAAACCAAACAUCACACGUCACCUCCUACUUCGCCUUCCAGUACGACGAUAUCUUCCUCGUCUUCUCCUUCACCACCCAUUACGCCCAUGCAAUCUUCCAUGCAAAAUCUAGACGCUUUAUCGUUUCACCAACAUCAACACCAUCCCUCGAUCCCUGAAGAAGAUGAAGAUAUGGAUAACCAUGCAUCGGAUAAAUAUUCUAAAGCCAGCUUGGUCACAGCCCGCAUGGCGCAAGGCGCAAAUUCAACAUCCGCUCUGAAACCAAUAGUGCAGCAAUAUCUUCUAAGCAGCGAUCCGGCAGGCUCGGGGCAGCGAACAGUCAUGAUCUUAACUAGUAAAGUGGCACAAAAGAGCUAUGGUACCGAGAAAAGAUUUUUGUGUCCACCUCCUACAACUAUCUUGAAAGGUGCGAAUUGGUGGACUCGUAUGAAUGAGGCCGGUGGCGGCCAUGAUGAUCUUUCCAAGGCGUUUUUCCCAACUUCGUUGAGUCCUCCUAAAUUGACGAUUCACAUCUCUGGCGAAUCGACGAGUCAGGCGGGCGUGUUGGAGUGGUACACGUCCUCAGGUUCCAUCCUUGAUAACUCCUCUUCCAUCAUUGCAGCAAGUAACACAACCGCGUCAGGUGACACGACAAUGUCGGGCAAAUGCGUUUCGAAGCACUUGCAUAUCAAUGAUGCCGAUGAAAAGCGCAAACGAGUUGAAGUGCUGGUCAAAAUCCAACUCGGUAACGACGUUCUCUUGGGCACACUACCAAGCAAAGGCAUUAAAGUUAUCAGCAAACCAAGUAAAAAACGUCAAAGUCUAAAAAACAUGGAACUGUGCAUUCAUCAUGGUACGACCAUUUCUCUUUUCAACCGAAUUCGUUCGCAAACAGUUUCUACGAAAUAUCUCGGUGUAUCGAACAGCCAAGGUGGCUCCAAUGCGAAAAGUACCGGCGCUGGUGGUGGUACUUGCUUUGUGGCUCGAACGGGCUGCUGGGAUCCAUUUGUGAUUUGGAUUGUCGAUACAUCACGUUCUCCUGAUGCGGCCAAUAUGACUCCACGAACCCAUGCUUCUACGAAUCCCCACUAUCCUCCGCCUCCCGCCAUUGCGCUUCAGACCAACGGACAACAACCGUUGGCCAUUCAUUAUAACCAAUCGGUCGUACUUCAGUGUGUGACCACCGGUCUGGUCAGCCCCGUCAUGGUCAUCCGUAAAGUGAACAAGGGCAGUAUGGUGCUCGGCGGUAACCACAUGGACAAUUUAUCAGGUUCAACCGGAGGCGAAUGCGGAGAUGAAGCGCUGGGCGAUCCCGUGUCUCAACUGCACAAGGUCGCGUUUCAGAUUGUCCAAGAUCCAUCCAUUGCCCAUAACAACAAAGCCAACUAUAACCCCUUAACUGCCGCCGCAUCAGGGCUUCCACUUGGUGAAUGGACCUUGCCUCAGUCAUCGCAACCGGCCACUUAUCUCGCUUGUUUGAACGAUGUCGUCGGUAUGCACAAGACUACCGCGCCACGCACCUUUUUGACCUCGCGUCCUGUGCCUCCUUCUCCUGCCCCUCCUUCGUCGUCUUCGACUCCACUCGAUCACAUGACAACGCCCACUCUGGCUUCCUCCUGGCCCGACAACGACUGCUUGUUAUCGUCGGAAUUCAUGGCCAAUGAACUGAUGUGCUCCGUGGUGUCGCAAGAAGGCAACGGCAAAGUUGUUCGCAAACGUCGUGUGUCGUGCGAUAUUGCCAAACCCAUGUCGCUUCCGGCUAAAUUACAGUCUCAGUCAAAGAACAAUCGUCGUCGCGUGAACUCGCUCAACGAUGUACUCCCUACGAAAUCCGAAGCCCGUCGAGGCAGUACCGCGAGUUUGGAUCGUCGCGGUAGCAUGAAUUCCGAAACCGGUCAACAAAACGAUGGCGCUUGCUGGACCGAAGAUGUAUCGGAUGCCGCGGUGUGGACCAUUGUUGGUACGGAUUGUGCAGUGUAUUCGUUCUGGACGCCUCCCAGUGGGGCGGGUGCUUUUAAUGCACCUUUUGCUGCUUCUCCCGAGGUGUCCUCGCCUAUUUCUCCUUUCCCUGUUGUCUCCAAUGUCACCCCGGCGGUGGGAGACGCCAGUUUAUCGAUCGGAGCUACUUUAUGCGUUUCAGGCGAAAAUAUGACCCGCGACCUUUCCGUUUGGUUUGGUGACGUUCGUGCCCCUCGUACCGAUUAUAAAUGCCGCGAAUCCCUCAUUUGCACUCUCCCAAGCUUGCAAGAAUUAAUCAACAGCCCCAUCACGGUUCAGGAAGGCAUGGAAAGAAAAUUGCCAAUCCUGCUGGUUCGAAGUGAUGGCGUCGUUUACCGAACAUACAAGUUCUACUCAUUCUAA